ACCGCUAAAUCUCAAACGUUCAGAAACCCAUUGCUCCUCUGUGGACAUACCAUUCUGUAUUUGUUAUUUGGAUGUUAUGGAUAGAAACAGUACUUACUCUCCAAUCACAUGGCCACCAAAGUUUUGGGAGCAGAUAACAAUAGCCUUCACAGUGUCCAUGGUGGUUGGACUGGUGAUUGGAGGGAUCAUCUGGGCGUUGUUCACUUGCUUGUCCCAUCGCAGAGCUAGCGCCCACAUUUCCCAGGGGAGCUCCUCAGCCUUCAGCCGUCAGUCCAGAUCCCCCUCCCAUGGCCACACUACCGGCAGGACUGGAUUUUACCGCAACAGCUUCCGCGCAUCCACCUUCCACCCCUUCCUGCAGUGUCCUCCGCUCCCUGUGGAGACGAACAGUCAGCUGAUCACCCUUACUCCCACCAACACCACCACUACCCUUGUGGGAAGCACCACCAACAGCUUAAGUCGACCCGAAUUCCACUGGUCUAACAACAGCCUCCGCAUCUGCCACUCCACGCAAACCCCACCUCCUGCCUAUGAAACCAUCAUAAAAGCUUUCCCAGACUCCUGAGCUACGUCCUUGCUGCAAACACACACAUGCAUUUUAGGAGGAACCUCAACCAUAUUAACAAUUUUCUGGGCAUGAUGAAGAUCUCUGAGAAGUCUCCAGCUG